CUCCUGCAGUCUGGGCUGCUGGGCUGGAGAACGCGCGGUCAGAGCGCGGGGUUGGGGCCGCGGGCUGCAGCUCGAGCUGCGGCGCCCGGAAGACCCGACUCCGGGGCGCAGACCCCGCCCGGGCUGGCUCAGCGCCGAGCCCCGGCUUCCACUCACUCUUUGACCCUCGGUCCCCCUCGCCCCCCCCGCCCCCCCCGCAGGCCGCACAACUGUAACCGCUGCCGGGGCCACCGCCCGCUGCUUCUCCAAGAGCGCAGCGCGGCGGGGCCGGCGGCAUGGCUGUGUCCUGGAGGAGCUGGCUGGCCAACGAAGGGGUUAAACACCUCUGCCUGCUCAUCUGGCUCUCCCUGAAUGUCCUGCUUUUCUGGAAUGCCUUCCGGCUGUAUAACCAAGGGCCAGAAUAUCACUACCUCCACCAGAUGUUGGGGCUAGGAUUGUGUCUAAGCAGAGCCUCUGCAUCUGUUCUUAACCUCAACUGCAGCCUUAUCCUUUUACCCAUGUGCCGAACCCUCCUGGCUUAUCUUCGAGGAUCCCAAAAGGUUCCAAGCAGGAGAACAAGAAGAUUGUUGGAUAAAAGCAGAACAUUCCAUAUAACCUGUGGUGUUACUAUCUGUAUUUUCUCAGGUGUGCACGUGGCUGCCCAUCUGGUGAAUGUCCUCAACUUCUCAGUGAACUACAGUGAGGAUUUCGUGGAACUAAAUGCAGCAAGAUACCGAGAUGAGGAUCCUAGAAAACUUCUCUUCACAACUGUUCCCGGCCUGACAGGAGUCUGCAUGGUGUUGGUCCUGUUCCUCAUGAUCACAGCUUCUACAUAUGCCAUACGAGUUUCUAACUAUGACAUCUUCUGGUAUACUCAUAACCUCUUCUUUGUCUUCUACAUGCUGCUGAUGUUGCAUGUUUCAGGAGGGCUGCUGAAGUACCAAACUAAUUUAGAUACUCACCCUCCUGGCUGCAUCAAUCUUAGCUGGACCCGAUACCAGAAUAUUUCCUCACCAGAGUAUCUCUCAGAGCAUUUUCAUGAAUCUUUCCCUGGAGGAUUUUCGAAACCAGAUGAGCUUCCCCAGGACACAUCUGUGAAGAUUUGUUUGGAAGAACCCAGGUUUCAAGCUAAUUUUCCACAGACUUGGCUUUGGAUCUCUGGACCUUUGUGCCUGUACUGUGCUGAAAGACUUUACAGAUGUAUCCGCAGCAAUAAGCCAGUUACCAUCAUCUCAGUCAUAAGUCAUCCCUCAGAUGUCAUGGAAAUCCGAAUGGUCAAAGAAAAUUUUAAAGCAAGACCUGGCCAGUAUAUUAUUCUUCAUUGUCCUAGUGUGUCUGCAUUAGAAAACCACCCGUUUACACUCACAAUGUGUCCUACUGAAACCAAAGCAACAUUUGCAGUCCAUCUUAAAAUAGUAGGAGAUUGGACAGAACGAUUCCGAGAUUUACUACUUCCUCCAGUUAGUCAAGACUCUGAGAUUCUUCCCUUCAUUCAAUCUAGGAAUUAUCCCAAAUUAUACGUCGAUGGUCCAUUUGGAAGUCCAUUUGAGGAAUCGCUGAACUAUGAGGUUAGCCUCUGCGUGGCUGGAGGCAUUGGAGUGACCCCAUUCGCAUCAAUACUCAACACCUUGCUGGAUGACUGGAAACCAUACAAGCUUAGAAGACUGUAUUUUAUUUGGGUGUGCAGAGACAUCCAAUCCUUCCGUUGGUUUGCAGACUUACUCUGUGUGUUGCAUAACAAGCUUUGGCAAGAGAACAGACCUGACUAUGUCAACAUCCAGCUGUACCUCAGUCAAACAGAUGGGAUACAGAAAAUAAUUGGAGAAAAAUAUCAAGCACUGAAUUCAAGGCUUUUUAUUGGACGUCCUCGGUGGAAACUUCUGUUUGAUGAAAUAGCCAAAUGUAACAGAGGGAAAACAGUUGGUGUUUUCUGCUGUGGGCCCAAUUCACUUUCCAAGACUCUUCAUAAACUGAGUAACCGCAACAACUCCUAUGGAACGAGAUUUGAAUACAAUAAAGAAUCUUUCAGCUGAAAACCUUUGAGAUGAGACAGGACUCUAAAGAAGGAAUGAGUGCAAUUUUUAAGAAAUUCGGCUGAAUCAAACAGCUCUGCCAUGCCAAAGAGUAGCAAGGUUUUGUUAUUUAUGAUUAUUUAAAAUGGAAAUGCAAAGAAUGUAGCAAGAGGACGGGUCACGUUACAUGUUUAAUCUGGAAACCAAAGAGACCCCUUAAGAAUAUUUGUGUGAUGAUUCACUUUACAAUGCUCAAAUUAAAAGAAAACUAUUAGUUGCACACUGUUAAUUUUUAUGGCAGAUUCAAGAGCUCUCCAGUGAGGAGCUGAACUUGCUCACUGUGAGGCUCGCAGCCUCAGUCCUCUUUAAAUUGUUUUUGGUUGAACAAAUGCAAGAUUGAACAAAAUUAAAAAUUCAUUGAAACACAGGCUACAUUUUCUAUUUUGCCUAUAAAUAGAGUUGCUUUAAUUUGGAAAAGCUCUAGGCAAAUAUAUUAGGUGAUUGAAAAUACAACAUAGAGCUCUGUAUUGAUACGGGUACUUUGUGUCAAUAUCUAAUCUUCCUCAUUACUAAUGUUAAUGCCUCUUCUUGAUGUCUGUAAAGCAUAUGCUGCCUGACCCUUGUGCCGAUGUCGAUAAAAGUAUCUAUUUUUAUAUUUUUCUUUCUUCCUUUUUCCUCUAUCUAGGAAAAAUGUGCCCUCCCUUGGCAUGUAUUAGACACAAUGAUUUACUAGGUCCUUUUCAUCGAUAACUUAUUUAAUCUAUUAUUAUUGUAUGGUAAUGAGAAAAAUACCAUUCCUAUAGAUCAUAAAGGGACUUAUAGACUAGUAUCUUUUUUCCAUUUUCAGCAUUUUGGCCUCUGUUAUUUUUUUCACAUUUUUCAUAGGCACACUUCCUCUUAGUUUUUAGCCCCUUAAGAUACUUUGUUUAAUUUGCACUUUGAGACAAAAGGGGCAUCUUGUCUGUCAUUGGGCACUGAGAUUCAAGAUCACACUACUGUGUCACACAUUGUUUUAUGCUGGAGACAUUGCAAGUGCAGUCAGAUUCCUGAAAAGGAAAUCUGUAUUUUACUUUCUUACACAACAGGAAGAUUUCAUUGCUUACUCAAAUUUAAGUUUUGUAUCAAAAACAUUGUUGUUACACUGUCUAUUAUCCUGAGUCUCAACAGGGAAUUAUUGGGCUUCAAGUCUGUAUGAGACUACACUGCGUGAUGCUAUCCGUUUAUUUUCCUUGGCCUUUAUAUUCCUGACUCAGAGGACAAAUCUGUUUCACCACCUUAAGAAUUAAGGCAUUUGCACAGUUUUGUGAUUUUGUUUUGUAGAUGUUUCUCAGUUGCUACAAAAAUAUAGCACAUUGCUGAAAUCAAUAGUAUGAUUUGUCUUGCCUUUGUUAAAAUUUUGCAUGAUGUAACUAUCAUAAUAUGAUAGCUGCUGUUAUCAUUUUUUUGCUGUGAUUCACCAGUAAUAAUCAAAUAUGCUAAACCAUCUAGAGUUGAGUGCCCAUCAGCAUAUUUUCUUGUAGAUAUUUGUUCCUCUCCUUGGAAUUCUUUUUUCUCUCAUCUGUGGAAGGAAGGUGAGUUGGGAAAGGUGAUGAGAAAUGUGCAGAAAUGUUUCUGCAGAAAUAGGUCUGAGAGUACAUUUAAUAACCAAUAUAACUUGGAAGCACUUUCUAAAUUAAAAAUAAUUUUCAUAAAACCAAGUAUCUGAAAGAAACAGUAAAAAAUAAAAUAAAAAAAAAAAAAAAUCAUCAGUGAGUUAGUCCAGACUUGUCCAAUACUAUGGCAAAGCUCUUUACUGGUCAUAAUUUAUUUAUGUGAUUAUAUUAAUGCACCUAAUUUCAAUAAAACAGGUGGACAAUUUUUCAAAAGGCAGCUGAUAUUUCAGUGCAGAUCUGCUAUGGUAGAUGAGCCUCCUUGCCUAUUUUAAAUUCUAGUAGACAUUCAACCUGCCAUUAAGGAGUUAAACAUAGAUUUUUUUUUCCUUCUGUAGGUUGGAAUGACAUUAUGGAUUCAUCAUGCACGUUUAAGAGAGCUUUGCUUGUUUUGCAGGGAUUCUUUCUCUGGGGCUAAUUCUUGUCAUACCACUCUUAAAUCAUUAAUUUUAGUAGCAAUAAUGUUAAAAAUGAAAUGGUAUCCUAGAAAUCCCUGUGAACUCACUUUAACUUGGAAAGAAAGUGUUUGUUCACAAGAUAAAGCAAAUUUAAGAAACAAUCUAGUUGUUCGAAUUAGCAUUUGAGUGCACACUAGCAUGAGCAACCUUAGGGAUUUGGGUUCCAGGGCCUUCUCUGUUGCUGGCUAAUGGUGCAACUAUGACAGAUUUACUUCUCACUCUGGGAGUAAGAUUUCUCAUUGGACUAGAGCAUUAAUUCCUAAAUCUUUUUUGGGUAAUGCAUCUUUUUCAGACCCUGAUUGAAAAUGUAUAUUUU